AUGAAGACUGACAAUGACAAAGGGAGAGAAAUGCUUUUGAAUGAAAAGGACAUAAUGGACAGAGAAAGGGAAGAGCUGAAAAUAAGAGAAGAUCAACUGAUGAGUAAAAUGAAAUCCAUAGAAACUCUGAGAGCAAAACUUCUACAGCAAAAUGUGAAGAUAAGUGAAGGCGUAAAAUACAAGGUGGACAGGUUGAAACAAAACAAUGAGGAUGUGCUAAUGCUGUACACUGUACUGGAACAAAAGCUUGGAGAACUUGAUAAACAGAAAGAAAGCGUGGCUGGUGACACUGAGAUUUUAGAGAGAGAAAGGGAAAGUCUGCUAAGUAUGCUCUCCGACAUGGACAUCCAGAGAGAACACAUGGAAAAUAUGUGGAAGCAAAAGUUUGAGAUGGAAAAACAAAAUCUUGGAAAACUGAAGGCAGAACUGAAGCGAGACAGAGAGGAUCUGAAUAGAAGGAAUGAGCUGCUGAACAAAGAGAAAGUGGACUGUGACCAGAUGCGGUCUGACAUGCAGACACAAACUGACUUAUUAGAACAAGAGAAACAAGACAUAAAAGAGGAAAGAGACAAAAAGAAGACGAUGGAUGGCGAAUUGUCUGAGCUGGAAAGACAUGACCUACUCACCCAUUUAAUGAACUCCAAUAGAAGUCAAAGAGCAAAAUUGCUGAAUCAAACAAUACAUAUUAGAAACAAUAUGGAGCAAUUAGAACAGAAAACUAUAGACAUAAUUCAGUUAAACUCAAUCUUGGAACACACGUGUGAUGAUCUUGAACAACAGAUAAAUAAGGUCAUUGGCUAUUAUGAGCUCAUGCAAAGAGAGAAGAAACAGGUGGUUACAGUGAAGUUUGACAAGGCGGUACAAACCGAUGGUGUCGCAGAAUCGCAGCAGCAGCAAGAUAUCGUAAAACGGGAUUUAAAUAAACUUAAAAAGUGUGAAUCUGAGAAUGACCAGGAUGUUCGGGGGUCAGAUGUCACAAUCCUGACUAAAGAAUUUGUGAAUCAGUGGAAGUUAGAUGAUGAUAAACUUGGUCUUUGCAAAAAGGGUAAAUACCUGAAGACUGAGAGGAAAGGUUUGCUGAUGGUAGUGGAGGGUGAAAAAGUGGAAAAUGAACAGAAACAGAAGCUUGGAACACUGUCUGAGUUGGUGGCAGACCACAAAUAUUUUACAGGAAAAAAAAUGUCAAAAAGAGAUUGUUUGCGAAAUAUAUGGAAGGAUACUAAAAUGGAACGGAAGGAGAUUGAUCAGACAAAGCGCUGGGGUCAUGAGAUGACAAACAACCUGGAGAAAAGACUAAAGGUCAUCAAUAAGUUUCUUAAGAGGACAUGGUUACAAAAAGAACAGGAACCAUGGGAGAAGGCAAAGCUGGAACAAGGACUAAGUAAGGACACAACAUCUCAAAGUGACCAUGAGAGAGACCGCACAAGCCUCGAUAAAAUAUACACAGAGCUCCAACAACUUAAGCUUCAGAUGCUCAAUGAGAUUGAGAAACUCCACGUCAAAGAAAAAGUGUCUAGGACAACUAGUGACAAAGCUAAUCAAACAUUCAAGGGGGAUACAAUCAUAGGGCAUACAUCAGUGCAGAUAACAGAACAAGCUUCUGCCAAAAUGUAUCAAGGGCAAAUGAAGGUAGAAAAAACUGAAGCAGCUCCAGAGACAACCAGCGGUCUCCUCUUUCAGCUCCGGCAUUACUGCUCUCGCUGCUGCUGCCCUUGCGGUGCCUGCUGUAAAGUGUGUCCAGAGGAGAAAUGAGAGACAUGGGAAUAUCCUUCACCAGUGUGCGCUAAAGAAACAUCUGAUGUUUGUCCUUAGCCCUGGCUCUGUAAAUGGGAAUCAAACAAAGUGUCUCGGACCAAGCCACACAACACUACUCCAGCUGUUCCAGCCAUGAUGUUUGUGUCAGUAACAUUAAAUUAUCAUGAUCAUUCAGCUUACUCGCAAGUUCAAUAAGACAUGCUGUUGUUGUUAUGUUAGCUAUAGCAGCAGGAGAGCUGUGAGUAUAGUAUAGUGAUCUGUAAGAAUAAAAUCAAACUAUUCUUUUGACAAUUUUUAAACCAACAUGACUACUAACAAAAAGCUGUUUUUGGCUUUAUAUUUGUUUGCAUAUGUGAAACUCUUUUAUUUCUUGGUUUGCAAAAUAGCAUUUAAUAGUGUACCUGAACAUGCUUAAUUUUCAGUUUUCAAUUCCUGAUUAAAAUCUCAGUCAUUCAUAUUGUAAUAUUAAAUAUAAUGUAUCCACUUCCACUUAAUUACAUAGAUUCUUAAAUAUUAAAGAAAUGACCAUGGCAAGUUGAAUUCAUUUUUAGUUUUUACUGUUGUUAUGGUUGUUGUUGCUGGUUUGUUUUUCUUGCUCUUCUUUUAAAGUAUUCAUUUGUUUACCAUGGUCUGUUAAAAUUAUUUAAGGAAAUUAAAUAGAGUAGUAUUCCCAAAGUAUUCCCAAAUGUAAAAAAAUAAAUAAAAACUGAGAUAUACACUAUAUGAUGAAAUAUUCAAUGCUGAAAUAUAUAAAUGGGGGUCCCCUAGAAAAAUUUGAGCACUAAACACAAU